AUGGCUCUUAAGUUCUCCAUAGGCCACUAUUACGAGACCUAUCUUCGCUCACUCGUUUUCAAUUUCGCGCAAAAGGAAUUGGCGCCUAAAGCCGCCGAGAUUGACAAAAAAAAUAAUUUCGAUGAAUUGAGGGCAUUCUGGAGAGAGUUGGGGAAAUUGGGCUUCUUGGGCAUCACGGUGAAACCGGAGUACGGCGGUACAGGCGGCACGUAUCUCGAUCACGUAAUUAUUUUGGAAGAAUUGAGUAGAGUAUCGGCUGCUAUUGGACUCAGUUAUGGUGCGCAUUCGAAUCUUUGCGUUAAUCAAAUUCACAGAAACGGCACGGAGGAACAGAAGCACAAAUACUUGCCUAAGCUAUGCAGCGGUGAGCAUAUUGGCGCGUUGGCGAUGUCGGAACCGGGGUCCGGAUCCGAUGUGACCUCUAUGAAACUACGAGCUGAGAAGAAAAGCGAUUAUUAUGUGCUGAACGGCAAUAAAUUUUGGAUCACCAAUGGCCCGGACGCGGACACCUUGAUCGUCUACGCGAAAACCAACCCGAAUGCGGACAAACCGCAACACGGUAUCACCGCUUUCAUUGUCGAAAGUGCUACAGAAGGAUUUAGUACGGCGCAAAAGUUGGACAAGCUAGGAAUGCGCGGUUCCAACACAUGCGAAUUGAUUUUCGAGGAUUGUAAAAUUCCGGCCGCCAACGUUCUAGGAGAAGUUAAUAAGGGCGUUUACGUGCUCCUCAGCGGAUUGGAUUUAGAACGAUUAAUAUUGGCCGCUGGACCUGUAGGAAUUCUACAAGCUUCUUGCGACAUCGCUUUUGAAUACGCUCAUUCGAGAAAGCAAUUCGAUCAGUAUCUCGCACAAUUUCAAUUGAUACAGGCAAAGAUUGCGGACAUGUAUAUGACUUUAACCGCGAGCAGGACUUACUUGUACUCUGUCGCGAGAUCUUGCGACGCUGGUCACACAAAUCGUAAGGAUUGCGCCGCAGUGUUGUUAUUUUGUACCGAGAAUGCUGUGAAAGCAACCAUGAAUGCCAUGCAGAUACUUGGCGGUAAUGGAUACAUCAAUGAUUAUGUGACGGGGAGAUUAUUACGAGACGCAAAGCUUUACGAUAUCGGUGGGGGUACCAAUGAAAUACGACGAUUGGUCAUCAGCCGUGCGAUCACUCAGGAAUACUUGUGAAACAAAGAAAUCUGCAUUCCGAUUUAGAUUUUAUAAUUAUUUAUAGAUAUAUAUAGCAAUGCCGAAUUGUUCACGCAAUAUUCGCACUGUGACAUUCAUAUUCACAGACAACUUGAGUUAUUUACAAUGAUCACAACAAUCCUUCUUAGGGAAUUUCUUUAGAAUAGACAUGCUAUUAUUUUUGUACA